AUGUAGAAAAAGAAACAAAGUCAAAGUAGAAAAGUAUCACAAAAAAAUAGAGAACAUGAAUAAGAACAAGAAAUAUUGAUAUCAUCAGACAAUGAUACUCAAGAUUUCUCUGAAUUGGAAUAGAACUAGCAAUAUUAUAGUAUCAUCCAAUGGAAAAAGUUAUAAGAGGAAAAAGUCUUAAAAAUGGCAGGAAAUAAUUUGAUAACCCAAAGUUCUAAACAUUAAGAUGAUUUAUCAAAAUUGCAAACUCUCCCUUUAAAAUCUUGUCUAAAGAAAAUCAAAUAGGAUGAAUUAUUUGGAAAAAUAUCCGAUGAUUAAAUGAAAACAUAAAUCUCAUCAGAAAAAAUGCAACAUAAAGAACAAUAGAUCAAAUAAUGUAUCAUAGUUACUGAAUUCAACAACAUCAUGAACGAAGAUAAUGAUGAUGAAAUAUCCAUAACUUUAGAUGAAGUGGAUGAUUUCAUUUACAAGCAUACAGAAUAAAAGAAGAACUAAAAGUUUGACUUAACUCAAUUCGAUAGCAUAAAGAAAAGAAUUGUUCUUAAUCAGAAAAUCUAAUUUGAUCAUUAUGUCCCUAAAAAUAAUUAAUGA